AUGGCGGCGCAACCACCAUCGCCAGACCAGUUUCCACCUGGGUAUCUGGAAGAAGAUCACGGCGGGAGAGUGAUUGCCGCUGUCACCACUAUUCUCGUUAUAACCACAGUCCUUUUUGGGCUACGACUUUGGGCAAGAAGCCUAACAACAGCACAACGAGGAUGGGACGACCAUGUAUUAAUUCCGGCUUAUAUAUUCUUACUGGCAUUAUGUGGAAGUCUGUAUGCUGAGGUAUUACAGGCUGGGCUUGGUAGACACACUGUGGCGGUGGUGAUGGAGGAUCCCAACAAGGUGACCAAGUAUCUACUGCUGCUGUAUCUCUUGGAUUGGUUCUACGUCCCAUCCAAUAUGUUAUCCCGAGUCUCGGUGGUCAUCUUGUACCUACGCAUCUUCACCGACAAGUGGGCGCGAGCUGCUUGCUGGGGCGUCAUAGGAUUCUUGGUCGCGAAUUGCGUCGCUACUAUCAUCGCUGCCCAGCUCGAAUGUACGCCCCUUGCAUUUACUUGGGAUAAGAGCAUUCAGGGUGGCACAUGCUUCAACCAGAUACUAUGGUAUCAGCUUACCAACUUCCCGAAUAUCAUAGGCGACAUUAUGAUUAUGAUUCUACCCAUUAGAACUGUCUGGGGACUAAAGGCCUCCGUUGGGCGAAAGGCUGGUAUCGCAACUGUCUGCCUGACAGGCAGUAUUGGUAUGAUAGCUUCAUGUGUGCGCACUAGCGUGUUCUUUAUUCACGCGGAUGUGAUUAUGACCGACCCAACUUUUGCUGAUGAGGCAUUUUCAUGGACGGCAAUCGAAUGUGGCAUGUACUUCUCGGCCGCUUGUCUUAUAGGUUUGCGGCCACUCCUUUCCCGCCUGCCGCAUUUCGUCAAGAAGCGCGUUCUAAAUGCCUCCGACAAUGCCGGGGGCACAUACGCUCACCAAACCGAUAAGUUGCGUCUUGGCAGGUACUACAAUAGUCAGUAUGCUAGUAUCAUAGGCGAUGACGAAUUAGGUCCACGGAGUCAAGCUGAGAUUCCGCUUCGGCCUACUAUACCACCAGCGCACUUCGCUCGUGAUCCUUACGGGAAGGAUCUAAGUAAAAGCGAAAUUCGCGUAGAGACGAAUAUCGAGAUUAGGAGGGAUUUCGAUCGGUCUUAUCCUUGA